ACUGUGCUUUUAGCGAUGGCUGCGUUAUUACGGUUGUAACUGCCUCUCAAUCAGUGUAUGCCGUCAGUUUGAAGUUCCUACCUAUAAGUGCAUAUAAGUUAAUGAAGCGGAACAAAGAUUCUGUAACAUCGUCGUUUCCACACGUGCACGUCUGGUCAUUACACCCAUUGAAAAUAAGCUCCGUUGUUUUAGACUAUUUACAGCUGAAAAGCUAACAGGUGCUAAAAGUUAAAGAUCAUCUCUAUAACUCCCUCCUAAGGCAUGUGUGCAGCCAUUACGGGAAGCCAACGGUCAGCUGCUCUUUUCUUGAAUGGCCAAGCUGAAGUUGCGGCUUAUCUCCUCGGCCGGGCCACUGCUUCCGGCUGCGAGUCACUGCUGUGUGGAAGUGGACGGCUGCGUGGCGUACACCCGCCAUUUGGGGCUCGUUUCAGAUGAUGGAGCUCAACACGUGCACGGAAGACCGCAUCCAGCACGUCCUGCAACGCUGCCUGUGUGACAUUGGAUUCAACACUCCUGACAAGCAACUGUGGAACGCCGGCCUGUGCAUGAACCGCUGGUGUUUGGAGGAACUGGUGAUGAGAGAUUCCCACAACUUCCUCUUCCUCCUGCAGACCAUUCUGAAGAAAACAAAGGAGGUGCUGCUGCAUUGUCGCUAUGAACUUCUGGUCCCGCUUACGCUUCUCUUCUCAUCGGCUCUUCUGAAGACUCCUUACCUGGCCCCCGACUGUGAUGUUCUGCAGGAAGCCUACCUGCUCUUCCAUCACUUCCUGUCCUGGCCAGAUCCUUACUGUACGGCGUGUUCCCAGCUGCUGGAAACCAUCCAUAAUGAGCUCCGGGCACCAGGUAUAACGUUCCAAAGACUGGUGAAGACAGAAAACGGUAUUCCCGGUGAGAAGCGACGCUCUCAAACUGUGACGGUGCUUUUAGUGAGCCCGGAUGAAGAUAUUCCUCCUGAGGUCCAGUCGGUCUCCAAGCAGCUGAGCGUGAGCCGGCAGUCCGACACAGACAUCACCAUCACGCUCAUCCUGCACAGCUUCCAGGCCUCCCUGGGCGCCGCCAUCGACCUGCAGAGGCUCUACCACGCCCUGCAGGCAAAGCAGCCCGAGGAGCUGGAGCAGCUGCUGGAGACGGUGACUCGCUGCAUGGACGCAGCGGCCUCCACGGAAGAUCUCAGCACUGCCAGACAGAGUCUGCUACAAAGUAUGGCCCACCUCAGACAAGAACUUCUUCCCACAGCUGGAGACCACUGCUUGGACGGAGGCUUUGCUGAGACCUUCACGCUGCCCUUUCCCAAAUGCCACACCAGCUACUUCGAAAACGACAACUUUGAUUUUCUCAGGGAUAUUCUCACAGGAGAAUAUGACCUGGACCUACCGGGACCCCCACCAGACGAGGAUGAAAGCCAUGUGGGGGACGAAGUCCUAGACCGAAACAAAACGGCACAUUUGGACUUUGAAAACCUCCGCCUCUCCCCCAGCCAGGCUUUGUCCUCCGACCGCUGUCACACCGAGGACACGAAGGAAGGACAAGCGUGUCCGUCAAAGCCUCGGAAAAAGCCCAAGAAGAAGUCCAAAAGCCUCAUCGGCAUUGAGCACUUCUUCUUUUUCAAGAAUCCACGCCACGUUGGGAUGCAGCUGAAACAGGCUCAGACCAGUCAGAACCAUCUUCUCAGCAGGAAAGAUCCGCUCUCGCCCCAGAAACAUCUCUGCAUCCGCAGGAGACCCAUCCUGAGCAGCAGCGACACGGAUGCAUCCCAGGUUCCUACCCUGGUGCGGGUGCUGGUCUUCGGUCGGGAUCGGGAGGCGGGACGACUGGCCAGGGCGUACAGCAACCUGCAGCAGAAAGAGGCCAAAUGCCCCACGCUCACCCGGGUGUGCAAGCUGCGGUUCUACUUUAUUCCCACCAAAAGGAAAUUCGCAGGAAAGCCGAGAGGAAAACACGCCUCCACUGAAAGCGGACCUUCAAGUCAAGUUGGCGUGCGUGAUGGUAUUUCCCAAGAGGACAGCACCACUGAUUUGGCCCAGAUGUUGGGAAUGAUGGAUCCCUGGUAUGAUCGCAGCGUCCACAGUCUGCUCAGUCUGUCCUCUGAUGUCCUUUGUCAGCCGGCAUACAAGGAAGGAAGUGUUGCAGAGAGCGGUGGCAAAGUGGAGCAUCUUCCCCUGCUGGCCGACUUGCUGCUUUACUACUGCAGACACGCAGAACAGCCGGUUCUGGUGCAGCUCUACCGGGCCGAGUUGACCCUGGCCGGUGGAGAGAAGAGAAGUCAAGUGUUCAUUCACUCCUUGGAACUCGGACACGCGGCGGCGACCAGAGCCGUCAAGGCCAUGGGGGCUGCAGGCAAGAGGUUCGGCAUCGACCAAGAGGGCCUGGCCGUUCCGUUAACCCUUCGUGUGGCCUAUAAUAAGGUGGCCAGCAGUGGGAGGAGCAAGUGGACGCAGGCGGAGAUGAUCUGCACAUCCAUCAAUAUUCAUAAAGCCUCCGGGAAAGCUGAGCAUUUAGGGUCAAGAGGUGACAGCUUUUGGCUGUCGGUGACUGAGGUGGUGAAGAAGGCGUGUCCCAAGUCCAAGAAGAGUAGCAGCCAGGACUUCUCCAUCACGGAGGUGAAGGUCAACAGAGUGGAGGUGAGCAGCGGGAAGGAUUGGCCAACCUUUGCCGUGUGUCUGGACCAAGACCAGAGGACGUUCCUGCAGAGUGUGACGAGGCUGGAAGUGUCUUUAUGCUGCAAGCCGGGCGGCGGUUCAGACUGGAAAUCCUACAAGCCGUCACCGGGUCAAGUCCGGCCUCUGCACCCGUCUUACUGCUCUCUGCUUUGCCUCCCCAUCAUCUCCUUUUCUGCCUCGUAUCCCUGACCAGGCCAGGAGGAGACGCCACUGCAUCAACAGGGUUGGGGAACUUCAUCAAUCUUCAUGUCUCCCAGAUAACAUGGAGAAGAAGUACAGCCAGGAUGGAAGUUUCAGCACGCUUGCUCAUGCAUGAAGGAUGAAAUAAUAAAUGAUUG